AUGGAGGAUCCAAGAAUGACGCCGGACCCUUCUGAGCCAGUGAGAAACGCUGAAAAGCAUUGCACGACCAGUUUCGGUGGCGAGGACGUGGCUGUUACACCGAGUCAGGGCGAAAAUAUGCGUCCCAAGCACUUUGACGGGACAACUAGACUAAUUGCAGAGGGCGAAGUCAUUCUCAUUCCUACUCCAAGUGAAGAUCCAAGAGAUAUCGUAGACCCUCUCAACCUCCCAAUAUGGCACAAGCAACUCAUUGUGGGUAUUAUCGUUCUAUACGCGAUAUCAGGUCUAUGUCUCCUGACCGCGCUGUCCGCUCUGAUCGUCUACAUGAUGCCCGACUACCAGCGUGAGGGAAUCACACCCGAUCAGAUUUCAAAUCUCUUUACGGUUCCCAAUCUUCUUCUCGGCAUCGGUAACCUUGUAUCGAUGCCGAUCGCCUUGGCCGUCGGUCGACGCCCUGUUAUGUUAGCGUCCACCGUGCUUCUCUUCAUGUCGGCCGUUCUCUGUGCCACGAACCGCAACUACUACUGGCACCUGGGAGGCCGAAUGGUCGCUGCAUUCGCUGCGGCCCAGUGCCAGGCCUUGGCUCUACUCGUUAUACAGGAUAUUUACUUCCUCCACCAACGCGCCCGCGCCUUUCAAAUCUAUUCAUCUGCUGAGGUCCUCAUCAACUCUAGUCUUGUCAUCGCAUCUUCGUACAUGUCCGACGCGCUUGGGUGGAGGUCUUGGUACUGGAUGUUCGCCGGUCUUUCAGGCGCGGCUAUGAUUCUGACCUUCCUCUUUGUCCCCGAGACAGGUUACGACCGACCAAUCGAGGCGUUCAUGGGAACUCACCCCAGUGACAUAGGCAACCUUCUACCGGCUCAUCUAAAUUGCGUUCUGACGUCCGUCGAUAUCAGAGGACAGUCUCCUGGUCCGGAGUACACAAAGAUAGGCGAGGGGCUGACGGCCGAUUCGGGUCGCUACAAAGAACGAACCUUCGGGUCCAAUUUGCAGAUAUUUGUGCACAAACCGUCAUGGUCACGAUGCUGGCUCUGCCUGAAGCAGAUCGGACAAGUCUUCCUCUUUCCCCACGUCCUGUGGGUGGCUAUCAACAACGGCCUUUUCCAGGGCAUCGACGUCUCCAUCCAAAUGACAUACGCAGAAGUUCUGGUAAAGCCGCCAUACAACUGGGCCAACACAUCCGUCUCCCUCAUCCAACUCGGUCAGGUUUUUGUCGCCAUCCUAUGUGUGCCGCUCAUCGGCUGGCUGAGCGACUACAUCAUCCGCUGCUCCGCCCGGCGCAAUCACGGCGUCCACGAGCCUGAGCAGCGGCUCGUCGCUUGGGUUAUCCCAAUGACAACAGCGCUGAUCUUAACGGUUUUGUACGGAUACGUUCUCGAGAACCCAGAGAAGUUUCACUGGAUGGCUAUCGUCUGCAUCGUUGACGGGUAUCUGAUCGUGCUAUUGGGUGCCAACACGGUUGGGAUGACCUACCUGAUCGACAGCCACCCCAGCUUCGCGGGCGCCAUUCUCGUUGCACUCCCUGUCACAAGGGGACUCGUUGGAUUUGGGAUCAGCAAGCACACUACGCAGUACAUUGCCAAUAUCGGGUCCGUCAUGACCUUCGGCAUAUAUGCAGCUGUGAGUGCAACAUUCUGCUUGCUGGGUAUCGCCUUGUACUUCACUGGGAAAAUGGUUCGAAGAGUGUGUGCUCAGAUGACACGGUAA